CCUCACACGCCACGCUGCUCCACCACCGCUCCUCCUCGCUCCACGUCCAACCCCAAGGACGAGGUGAGGAUCAAGUGGAUGAAGCUGGAGGAGGCGGGGGAGAAGGUGGUGCUGGUGGCGCAGGGCGGCGUGGUGAAGGUGGGGAAGGAGUUCCAGAGCCGGGUGUCGGUGCCGAGCCACCCGCUGUCGGUGGGAGACGCCUCCCUCAUCAUGGUGCGUCUGCGGGCGAGCGACGCCGUGUACCGCUGCGAGGUGAUGCACGGGAUGGAGGACAUGCAGGACACCGUCAGCCUCAGCGUCGCUGGCGUGGUGUUUCACUACAGAGCCAGCACCAGCCGCUACACUCUCGACUUUCCCGCCGCCGUGAGGGCGUGUCACGACGCCGGUGCCGACAUCGCUGAACCCGAACAGCUGACGGCCGCUUUCGAGGACGGCCUGGACCAAUGUGACGCAGGCUGGCUCGCCGACCAGUCAGUCAGAUACCCAAUCACGGUGCCCCGUCUCGGCUGUUUGGGUAAUCUGGAGAGCAGAGCGGGCGUGAGAACGUACGGCGUCCGUGACCCCACGGAACAAUACGAUGUGUACUGCUACGUGGACAAACUACGAGGUGAGGUCUUCUACGCCGACCUCAGAGAGAAGGUCGUCUUCCAGCAGGCGUCCGCGGAGUGUCAAAAGCACAACGCCGUGUUGGCGGCGCCCGGUCAGCUGUACGCGGCCUGGAGGGCGGGGCUUAGCCGCUGCGACUACGGCUGGCUCUCCGACGGCAGCGCCCGCUACCCCAUCACCGUCCCGAAGCCUCAGUGUGGAGGAGGCCUGCUGGGGGUCCGCACGCUCUACAAGCACAAGAACCAGACCGGCUACCCGGACAAAACGGACAAACACGGCGUGUUCUGCUUCAAAGAUCUCCUGCCGUGCUCCACCAGCAACUGUCUGAACGGAGGAUCCUGCUACAAAAAAGGAGCUCAGAAUAUCUGCGUGUGUGCACCUGGUUACACUGGGAAUCACUGUGAAACAGAUGUCGAUGAGUGCCAGUCUAACCCGUGUCUGAAUGGAGCCACCUGUCUGGAUGGAGUCAGCUCCUACACCUGCCUCUGCCUGCCCAGCUAUGCAGGAGAGCGCUGCGAGCAAGACAUCGAGGUUUGUGGGUACGGCUGGCAGAAGUUUCAGUCCCACUGCUACAAGUACUUCACCCACCGUCGUACGUGGGACUCGGCUGAGAGGGAGUGUCGGCUGCACGGCGCCCACCUGACCAGCAUCCUGUCGCAGGAGGAACAAACCUUUGUCAACCGCCUCGGCAGUGACUACCAGUGGCUCGGACUCAACGACAAGAUGUUUGAGAGAGACUUCAGAUGGACGGACGGCAAGCCGAUG